AUGUCCGAAAUAAAUGUUCAAUCAAGGAAAAAUUCCGAUUUAGGUUUACCAUUUGAUGGUAAUCAUGAACGACAACAACAUGAUCAAGUUGUAUUCGAGAAUGUUGCUGAUCAUUACGUCAAAGGCGAAGAUGUUACAGCUUAUUUUACAAUUUUAAAUGAUAUUAAGGUUAAUUCAAAUGAUGAUCAAAUUGGUCUAUUACGUGUUGGUUCAACAAAUAUUCAAGAAUGUUUAGCAUAUGCACCUAUGCAAUUGAAUUCAUCAACACGUCAUGGAACAGCAACAUUUCCAUCAUCAUCAUUACCUGUAACCGAUGAUGAAUUUUAUCAAUUUUGUUAUAUUAAUGAAAAACGUAAAUGUCUUGGUUCAUCAAUUCCAUUUCAAUUAAAUUGUUCAAUUGAUGAUAUUGAUUUAUUAUCAAGUACAUUAUUAGAAACAUCAAUAGAAAAAAAAUCUAUGCAAACAAAUAAUGAUGGUUUUAUUUCAUUACAAGAUUAUGAUAAUGAUGAUCUUGUUAUUAUACAUACAAAACGAAUGUUAAUUGAAGAAAAAUUACGUCAAGAAAAUCGUCAAUUAUUAGAAAUAAAUCGACGUUUAGAACAACAAAAAGAUGAAUGUAAAGCUAAACUUGAUUUAUUAGAUUUAAAAUCAAAUGAAUAUAUUAAUAAAGUUAAAAAUGAUAUGCAAACUCUUGCUACAACUCAUAAGGCAACUAUUGAUGAAUUAUCAUCACGUCAACGUUUAGAAGCUAAAUUACGUAAAGAAUAUGAUGCAUGUCGUUCAUUAUGUAAUCAAUAUCAAACUGAAUCAUUACAAUUUGCUGAACGUUGUCGUACAUUUGAAGAUUUAAAUAUACAAUUAACUGAUGAAACAAAUAAAUUACGUUCACAAUUAUUAAUAACAACAAAAUUAAAUGAAGAACAAGUAAUAAAAAUAAUUGAUUAUGAUAAACGUUUAUUAGAAUCAAAUGAAUUAUUAAAAUCAGCAAAUCAAUAUCAAUUACAAUUAGAACAACAAUUACGUGAUUUACGUUUAACAACAGAAAAAUAUCAAAUAUCAAUGCAAGGACAAAUAAAUGCAUAUACAAAACAAGCAUCACAACAAGAAAAUCAAAUACAUGCAUUAGAAACAGCAAAUAUUUUAUUAAAAGAAGAAUUAAAUUCUAUUAAAACUGAUAAUACAUUUUUAUUAACAUUGAAUAAACAAGAUAAACAAUUAACAAAUGAAUUACAACAACAAAUAAAUGAUUUAAAUGAAAAACAUCGUUUUGAUAAUGAACAAAAACAAAAUGAAUUAGAAAAACUUCAAAAUGAAUUAGAACAAAUGAAAGAAAUUCAAAAUGAUUAUAUGAUUUUAAAAAAUUCAUUUAAUGAAAUUGAAAAACGUUGUGUUAAACAUCAAAAAAGUGAAAUUGAAGUUAAAAAACAAUUUGCAGUCUAUAAAGAAUUUGUUGGUGAUUUAGAACGUAAAGUUCAAGAUUUAACUGAAAGAUUAUUAGCUGGUGCCGAUGAAUAUAAAGCUCUUUAUCGUAAAUAUGCAGCACUUGAACGUAUGAUUGGUAAAACAAAUCGACAAAAUUCUUCUAUAUUAAAAUCAAAUCCAACAACAUUAUCUAAUGAAACUGGUCUUAAUGAAGAAGCAUUAGUUAAUCUUCUUCGUAAUUCAUAUGAACUUCAACAACAAGAUCAACAACAAAAUAUUCAUGAAGAAGAAAAUAAAACAAUAAUAUCACAAUCAGAAAAAUCCGAUGUUAAUGAAGAAAUACGUGAAUGUCCAAUGUGUUAUUGGGAAUUUCCUAAACAUUUAACACUUGAAAAUAAGAAAGAACAUAUUGAGAAUCAUUUUGCUUAG